AUGUCUAGAGGAAGUCUCCUAUUUGCAGCACACAUAGCCCUUCUCCUUCUCCUUCUCCUUCUUCCUCCUUCCUUCUGUUUCCAAACAUCCACCGUGGAAGAUAUUACCCUUUGUGGCAAUAUCAACAUAAAGUAUCCAUUUCAAUUAAACAGAGACCUUCAAAACUGUGGCUAUUACUAUUUUGAUCUAUAUUGUGAGGAGAAUGUUACAGUAAUAUGCUUGUAUUCGGGAAGGUAUUACGUAAAGGCGAUCAAUUACAGUGACUGGACAAUCCGAGUUGUGGAUGCUGGUGUUCAGAAGAAAGACAACUACUUCUCCAACGCACUUUACUCUUUAACCUCCUACAACCUUAGUGGUUAUGGAGAUCCUUUGUCAUCUUUUUCUUAUAAUAGCAAAAAAGAUAUUCAAGAACUCCGACUGUAUAGUCUAGCGAUACGUGAAGUGCCUAUAAUUUUUAUCAGCUGUGCAAAUCCAAUGCAUUCUCCUCGCCUUGUUGAUACAGCUCCAUGCAUCAACAAUUCUGCCAAUUCUUCUUUGUCCAGUACUUUAAGAAUGUUUUCUUAUGUCAUGAUUGGCAACAUAAGUUCAUUCGAUUUGGGGGAGUCCUGCAGAAUAACACAAAUGGUUGUGGUGUCACCUUCAACAUCUACAGAUCUGCACCGGAACUUGUCCUGUGAAGGUAUAUAUAAUGAAAUAGCGAGCGGCUUUGAGCUCUCAUGGUUUAACGCUGCAUGUAACUUAUGUAGACUGGAUAUGGAGAACUGCACGCUCGACAACGUGAGUAAAACCAAGUGCCCUGGAAUAACCAACAAAGUAAUGUGCUUGUAUUCGGGAAGGUAUUACGUAAAGGCGAUCAAUUACAGUGACUGGACAAUCCGAGUUGUGGAUGCUGGUGUUCAGAAGAAAGACAACUACUUCUCCAACCCACUUUACUCUUUAACCUCCUACAACCUUAGUGAUCGUGGAGAUCCUUUUUCAUCUGUUUUUUAUAAUAGCGACAAAGAUAUUCAAGAACUCCGACUGUAUAGUCUAGCGAUACGUGAAGUGCCUAUAAUUUUUAUCAGCUGUGCAAAUCCAAUGCAUUCUCCUCGCCUUAUUGAUACAGCUCCAUGCAUCAACAAUUCUGCCAAUUCUUCUUUGUCCAGUACUUUAGGAAUGUUUUCUUAUGUCAUGAUUGGCAACAUAAGUUCAUUCGAUUUGGGGGAGUCCUGCAGAAUAACAAAAAUGGUUGUGGUGUCACCUUCAACAUCUACAGAUCUGCACCGGAACUUGUCCUGUGAAGGUAUAUAUAAUGAAAUAGCGAGCGGCUUUGAGCUCUCAUGGUUUAACGGUGCAUGUAACUUAUGUAGAAUGGGUAAGGAGAACUGCACGCUCGACGACGUGAGUAAAACCAAGUGCCCUCCAAUAAAAGGAAAAAUAUGGGAGAUACUGUUGGAGAUCUUAGAGGACAUAUACUAUACAGCAGCAUGGGUAUUCCAGUUGUAUUUCUUUGCGCUCACCAACAAGUGCAACAGUAAUGUCCCCCUUCCUUGGCUUCCAGUAAGCUGUGUAAUCUCUUACCUAGGAAUAUUGCACACAGUCUUAUAUGUGUUUGGCUUUCCCUGUGCAACUGCAUUAAUAAUAUACAAAUGGAGAAGGAGGCAUUUGUCAGUGCAUCACAAUAUAGAAGACUUUUUGCAGAACAAUGAGCUCGUGCCAGUAAGGUACUCCUACUCAAACAUAAAAAAGAUGGCCAAAGGUUUCAAGGAAAAAUUGGGUGAAGGAGGCUAUGGCUCGGUGUACAAGGCAAAGCUUCGUAGCGGUCGCCUGGUAGCCAUCAAGAUGUUGGGUAAGUCCAAAGCUAAUGGGCAAGACUUCAUCAAUGAAGUUGCUACCAUUGGAAGGAUUCACCAUGUCAACGUGGUGCGACUCAUUGGCUUCUGUGUUGAGGGUUCAAAGCGUGCUCUCGUAUACGACUUCAUGCCUAAUGGAUCUCUCGAUAAAUACUUAUUUUCUCAACAAGGAGUUAUCUCUUUGAAUUGUGAGAAAAUGUUUGAAAUUGCUCUUGGAGUGGCUCGUGGUAUUGAAUAUUUGCACAAAGGAUGUGACAUGCAAAUUCUGCACUUUGACAUCAAACCUCAUAACAUUCUUCUUGACGAGAAUUUUCUUCCCAAGGUGUCUGAUUUUGGAUUAGCAAGGCUAUGCCCGCUUGAUAAUAGCAUUGUAUCUUUGACGGCAGCAAGAGGAACUAUUGGAUACAUAGCACCAGAGUUAUUCUAUAAAAACAUUGGAGGUAUUUCAUACAAAGCUGAUGUCUAUAGUUUCGGAAUGCUGUUGAUGGAAAUGGCUGGCAGAAGAAAGAAUUUAAAUGCAACCAUAGAGAAGUCAAGCCAAAUAUACUUUCCAACAUGGGUUUUUGACCAAUUGAGUGAUGGAAAGGACAUAAAAGUUGAAGACGCCACAGAGGAGGAAGAGAAGAUCAUAAAGAAGAUGAUCAUUGUGGCAUUGUGGUGCAUACAAAUGAAGCCUAGUGACCGUCCGUCUAUGAAUAAAGCAGUCGAGAUGCUUGAAGGAGAAAUUGAGUGCCUUGAAAUGCCUCCAAAGCCUUUUUUGUAUCCACAACAAAUGCCAGAAGUGGCUCCUGGGGACAAUUCAAGUACCACAAGUGCAUCAACAGUAACAAAUUCUACAGAAAUCGUUUUGAUUGCUGAUGCGAAUCAAACAAUGUAA